AUGAAUGAAGAAAAGGGUGUUUGGUUGGUCAAUGGAAUGAAAUCACUCAUUCCAAAACACAUUCCAUUCCCUCAAAAUCGGAAGCGUGAAAAUCAGGUGUUAUGGGCUGAUAUGGUUUGGUAUUCUCAAUGCAUUCCGCGACAUUCGUUUCAUUUAUGGCUGGCAUUUAGAAACAAACUAAAGACGCAGGAUAGAUUGGCAGUGUGGGAAGCGGGUAGUCACACCAACUGGAACUUAAUGUGUUGUCCGUUGUGUAAUUUUGAUCGCGACAGUCGGGACCAUUUAUUUUUCAGAUGUGCUUUUGCGGCUCAUACAUGGAACGAGGUCAAGAAAUUGGUUAACUUGGGCAGUGUGGACGAUACGUGGUACUCGGUCUUAUCUUGGGUGGAGCAACAUGCUAAAUCCAAGAAUGUGGAUCAUAUUGUGUGCAAGUUAUUAAUUGCUGCUUCUUCGUAUUAUAUAUGGCAAGAGAGAAACAACAGGCUCUUCAAGAAUAGCAAGAGAACGGUAGAUCAAGUGGCUGAGGUGAUUAAGAAUACGGUUCGUUUGCGGCUCAUGGGUUUCAGAUUUCGGGUGGCUUCAACGAAGGAAAGAAUUUUCAAGACAUGGAAGAUCGAAGAUAUAGAAACGGAUCCGGGGUAG